GCCCGGUGUGUGCGGGGCCCGGCUGCCGCCGGCUUCUCCCCUCCCCGGCGGGGCCAUGGCCGCGAGCGCCAAGCGGAAGCAGGAGGAGAAGCACCUGAAGCUGCUGCGGGAGAUGAGCAGCCUCCCGCCCAACCGCAAGUGCUUCGACUGCGACCAGCGCGGCCCCACCUACACCGACAUGACGGUGGGCAGCUUCGUGUGCACCUCCUGCUCCGGCAUCCUGCGAGGUUUAAAUCCACCCCACAGGGUUAAAUCUAUCUCCAUGACCACAUUCACGCAACAGGAAAUAGAAUUUCUGCAGAAACAUGGAAAUGAAGUGUGUAAACAGAUUUGGCUAGGAUUAUUUGAUGAUCGAUCAUCAGCAAUUCCAGACUUCAGGGAUCCACAGAAAGUAAAGGAGUUUCUACAGGAAAAAUAUGAAAAGAAAAGAUGGUAUGUUCCUCCAGAACAAGCUAAGGUUGUGGCAUCAGUCCAUGCAUCUAUAUCAGGGUCCUCUGCUAGUAGUACAAGCAGCACACCUGAGGUGAAACCGCUUAAAUCUCUCUUGGGAGAAUCUGCACCAGCACUGCACUUAAAUAAAGGCACACCUAGCCAAUCCCCUGUUAUCGUUAGGUCUCAAGGACAACAGCAGCAGGAAAAGAAACAAUUUGACCUCCUCAGUGACCUUGGCUCAGAUAUCUUUGCUGCUCCUGCUCCUCAGUCAACUGCUACAGCAAAUUUUGCUAACUUUGCACAUUUCAACAGUCAUACAGCACAGAACUCUGCAAAUGCAGGUUUUGCAAACUUUGAUGCAUUUGGACAGUCUAGUGGUUCGAGUAAUUUUGGAGGUUUCCCCACAGCAAGUCAGUCUCCUUUUCAGCCCCAAAAUACAGCGUUCAGAACGCUUUCAUCUAGCUGCAGUUUUGGUGAAUUUACUUCAGCUUUCCCUCUCCAGGCUGUACACAGUGGAAGUGCUGGAUCAAUGAAUGCUAAGUUUGCUCACUUUGAUAACUUCCCCAAAUCCUCCAGUGCUGAUUUUGGAGCCUUCAAUGCUUCUCAGAGCAACACAACGGCAACUGCUGCCAGUAAAGUUGCAGUGAAUAAACCGAAUCUCCAGUCAGCAGACAAAUAUGCAGCUCUUGCUAAUUUAGAUAAUAUCUUCAGCACAGGGCAAGGUAGUGGUAGUGAGCAAGGAAGUGGCUUCGGCACUGUAGUUACAGCACCGUCAGGUCCUGCUGUGUCAGCCCCAAGUCAGCCAAGUGCAUCUUCAGACAAGUAUGCAGCUCUAGCAGAAUUAGACAGUGUGUUCAGCUCCACAGCAACCUCUAGUAAUGCAUAUACUUCCACCAGUAAUGUUAGCAGCAAUGCUUUUGGAACAGUACCAGUGGCUGCUACUGUACAGACACAGCCUGCAUCUUCAAGUGUGCCUGCUUCAUUUGGAGCAGCACCUUCCACAAAUCCAUUUGUAGCUGCUCCUGUCGUUCCAGUGGCACCUUCAACAAACCCGUUCCAGACCAAUAGUCGAGGAGCAACAGGCCUCUCGGGAGCAAUGCACUCUCACAUAUUUCCUCAGGCUCAUUUUGCGGCAACAUUUGGCACAGCAUCCAUGAGCAUGCCUGCAGGAUUUGGAACUCCUGCAUCCUACAGUCUUCCUACUAGCUUCAGUGGCAAUUUCCAGCAGCCUGCCUUCCCAACCCAGGGAGCUUUCCCACAACAGACUGCUUUUGCUCAGCAACCAAAUGGAAAAGGUCCAAAAAGAAAACUGUGCACUGGAAUAUAAUCAGGAAGGAAUGACUGUGGAACCUUUAGAAAUAACCACCCAACUCUUGCUUCCUUUUUUCUGUAACACAAAAGUAGCCACUUUGUUUUCCUAUUUAACUUUUUAUAUUAACACCAAUUAAUGCACUUGUAACUGUAACUAAUAUUAUAAAGCUGUAUCUCUGGUGGUAUUGGUUCAAUAAUAUUUGUUGGUAUCGGCUUUAGGGAGGCAGAGUAUUUGGAUUCUGAACACUUUAAAAGAUGCUGUAAUUUACUGUGCUGUUACCUUGUACGAAAUGUGUAGUAGAAAAUCACAAUGAUUUGGCCUGAUUUCUUCCUGGAAAACCAUUAAUAGGCUUGGCUUAUAGCUAUGCUUGGAAGGAUUAAGUUUUUAUUGGUAAAUGUUGAUAAACAUUGUUUUCACUGUGUGUACACAAACCGAACAGAGAUUUCAAUCAACGAUAGAAAUUUACAGAUAGGCAAAAUAAGAAAAUUGCUGCUUGAGAAUUUAUUUGAGUUAAAACCCAGUGAUUUAAGACUUUUGAAUUAGGUUUGUUACAAGUGGACUAACAUGAAUCGUGAAAACAGUUAUGAUUUGUUUUAAGCAUAUUUCAUUUGUAUAUUUUUGUUGUAUUGACAAGAGUUUUAAGGGUUUACAAAGCUUUAAUUUUUUGAAUCUCAAUAGUUCGAAGUAAUUUUUACAGCUGAAAAUUUUAAUUUGAACUUGUAUUGUUAGUGUGUUUGGCAUUUUACUUACCUUAGAUGAUGAUGAUGAUAAAUUGUUUCACUUCCAUGUUCACUCUGAUUACGUUAAAUUGAUUAGAAACUUACUAAAGUGUCAUGUACUAGAACAACAUCCGUAGCAUUUUGGCUUAGAAACAGUCAUGGGAAUUCUUCUAAAAACAUAUUUCCAUAGGAAUUGAAAGAAAAUUCAUAGUUUUUUUUAAUUUGUUUUGAAGUUUUGCAUAAAUGCAUAUUUAGAGAGGCUAAAUUAUGGACCGGAUUUGACCCAGUCCUGCUGCCUUGAUGGACAAAUUACCAAUGCCCUAAAAGGUUUAACUUGCGUCACUGUGGUGGGAGUGGGCUUAUAGGGAAUAGUCUUCUGCCUUUAAAGGCUUGGCCACCAGUAUGAAGCUACUUCUAACAUUUUUUAUCUU